UUGAUUAUUAGAUUUCGUAUUGAUCGUUGGAGGUGAGAAAACUCAGUUGCAAGCUUUAACUGGUAAAUGAAACACGGUAUAAUACGUAGAUUUACAGUUACUCAGCGAGCAUCGUUAGUAUCGAAUAAAAUGGGAAACAAGGUAGCUACAUUUACCGAGGAACAACUAGAAGAUUAUCAAGACUGCACCUUCUUCACUCGGAAAGAAAUCUUAAGAAUAUUUAAACGAUUUCGGGACAUGGGAAACGCUGGGACAAUUCCACGAUGCAUGACGCCUCAACAAGCAUCGACACUUCGUAUACCAUUAUCUUGUUUGACACGCAUACCAGAAUUAAAGGAAAAUCCGUUUAGACAACGGAUUUCGGAGGUGUUCACGAGAUGCCAGAAUUCGGAACAGUCAACAUCCGAUGCCUCGCACGAAGGAAUCUGCUUCGAGGAGUUCCUCGAGAUGAUGUCGGUUUUUUCGGAGCAGGCACCGCGGGACUUAAAGGUCUUUUACGCCUUCAAGAUUUACGAUUUUGACGAAGACGGGGUAUUAGGGUUGAACGAUUUAGAACGCACCUGUCGACAGCUGGUGCAAGGUGGUUUGAAUGCCGACGAGGUGGCUACUGUGUGUCGAAAAGUUUUGGAGGAAAGCGACAUCGAUGGCGACGGUGUUUUAUCCUACUUGGAGUUCGAGCAUGUCGUAACAAGGGCUUCGGAUUUCAUGGCAACGUUUCACAUAAGAAUUUAA